AUGAUAAUGUCUUUUAGUACAGGGGUGAAACGAGUUAUUGGAGGAAACCUUGAUCUUUCUUCGAAAAGGACUGAUGGAAAGAUGGUAAUCAAAUACAAUACCGCACCAAUCUCGACAACAUCAACUUUAGCUAUUUUGGAUACAGAUUAUGAUAAUUAUGCAGUAAUAUAUAGUUGUGGUGGUUUUGGUCCCGUCAAUGCCCAAAGCGCAUGGUUGAUGACAAGAGAACGAAUUCCCGAUGCCCAAACUCUCCAAAAAGCGUAUGGUGUACUUGACAGAUAUAAAAUUAAUCGUAGCUUCUUUGUAAAAACCGAUCAAGAAGGUUGCGCAAUUGCAGCUUCAGAUUUGAAUGCUGCUUUGGGUAUUGCAUCAACGUCUACUAAUGUCGAACAAACCGCUGCAAUUGAUAGUACCAGUAGCCAACGUGAAAGUGUUGAUUUCAAGGCUCAACCAAUUGCAACCAUUUUUUUCAAUAAAGCAGCAGAUGAAUAUUCUAGCAGCAACAAGAAAGAAAUUGUUGCUGAUAAGGAAGUAAUAUUACCCAUAAAAACUGAUAUUGAACUGUUACCGGAAACUACUAGUUUGAAAUAUUCCAAAGAAUUAGUGAACAAAGUUGAAGAGAAACCUUCAAAUGAAACUAAAGCUUCUGAGAAUUUCAUUGAGAAUCAUGAAGAGGAAAAGUCCGCAGCAACUGUGGUAUUAAUGAAACCUGCCGAUACUAAUACUACGUCUGAGAAUAUUUUAGAACAAAAUUGA